AUUACCAUAUAAGAUUGCUACUGAAGUACCUUAUGAUACUUAUGUCAAACAUACAGAUAAAUAUAAUAUUCAUGGCUGGUGGGAGUGGAAUAAUGGAACUGUAUGUGUUGUUAAAUUACCCUCAAUAUUUCAUAAAAAUUGUAUUGGUGCCAUAUCCCGGCAAAUUUCUUUAGCAACUGGUGGUGUAAUGAGCACUAACGCUGAUUUGUUUUAUCUUGGAGCUACAAAUACAAAAACUUCUAAAACAGGAAAAGAAGCGGAUGCAUCAUGGCGACCAGUAUCAAAACCUCCAGUCAAUGCAGGUGGUUCUGACACUACUGGUACUCAACCCUGGCCUAAUUUAGUAGUAGAGAUUGCAUAUACAGAAGAUAUGGAGAGAGUUAGAAGAAAAGUUGAACAAUACUGGCUUCAACCUGACCGAGUUCAUGAUGUAAUCUUAAUUGUUAUAGAUAAACCUAUCACACCAGUUACAACUCCUUCAGUGAUGACAGCCUAUCAUUAUUGUAUAAAUAAUCAAGACAUUGGUGGAUUUAAUCCCACAAUGUAUGAAUUUGGAACCAUUGACCUUCAGGGAACUCCAAUUCUCAACUUGCAACCUGGGCAAAGGGUUAUCAACAUUCAAUUGGCAUGCCUUUAUCAUGGGGUACCACCUAAUGUUUUGAAUCCACCACCGCCAUCACCUCCUCAACUUCCUCCACCUAACCCCUUUGCCACUAUACCUAACCCCAUUGUCAUUGAUCUGUAUCAUGUUCGAUUUGCUGUUUUAAAUUGCAUUGUCUAGAUUCUAAUACCUUUAGCCAGCGAGUUUCACUUAAGAUUUGUUGACUAUAUACGAAUAAUAAAAAAUUUAUAUGCUAUUUUUGCUUACAUUUAUUUAGUGCGUUGUUGUAUAAACAAAAAUGAAAUAAUGUUUUUUUUU